GAAAUCGCGGCUUGCCGCGGCGCGGUCGGCAGUACAUGUUUGUCACGGACAUGAUAACUUCGCCCUAUCCGAGCCACUGUUUACUGCCUAACAAUAGUGCUCUAUCUCCUAGUGUACCGAACAAGUUUUUAAAAAGCUUUUUGUGGAACCAACAGUGUUUUUUAACGAUUAAACAAGCUGUGACUCCGUAUGUUGGGUUUUGGAAUAGUUUUUUGUUCUUCCAUCAAUCAGUUCCACUACAAAUUAUGGAAACUAGAUACAAGAGCGGUAGCCGUGGUAGUAGCGUGCUGAGGCAUUUAUCAGGAGGCGGUAUCGUAAGUACUGGCGGAGGUGGGGGCACUGGAGGCGGUGGUGUAGGACGGGUUUGCGAAGUGAGACGUGUAUACAAAGCGGCCUUGGUGCCGUGUAAAACGGCCCGCCGACGGGCUCGUGGAAUGAGCAUGGGCCAGAAGGUAUCAGGAGGAGUUAAAGCUGUCAAUAGAGAUACUGCGGCGCCAUACAAACCCGUCAUUCCGAGAGAAUUGGCGCAGGAUUUUGCGCGUCCCCCUAGACUCGAUAUGUUGUUGGACAUGCCGCCGGCGAUGCGAGAAACCCAAUUGAAAUACAGUUGGAAUCAGGACGAUCGUUCUCUCAAUAUAUUCGUUAAAGAGGACGAUAGACUCACGUUUCACAGACACCCAGUAGCCCAAAGUACCGAUUGUAUAAGAGGCAAAGUGGGUUUGACGAAAGGGAUGCACUGUUGGGAGGUUUGUUGGUCGACGAGGCAACGGGGUACGCACGCCGUCGUAGGCGUUGCCACCGCCGAAGCUCCCCUUCAUUCUGUAGGAUAUCAAAGUCUAGUUGGUAGUACGGACACUUCGUGGGGAUGGGAUUUAGGACGUAAUAAAUUGUAUCAUGAUUCGAAGAACUGCCCCGGGGUAACUUAUCCGGCAUUAUUAAAACCCGACGAAACGUUCAUAGUACCGGAUAAAUUUUUAGUCGUAUUGGAUAUGGACGAAGGUACUUUGAGUUUCGUGGUUGACGGUCAAUAUUUGGGCGUAGCGUUUCGUGGAUUGAAAGGAAGAAAAUUGUAUCCGAUCGUCAGUGCCGUUUGGGGUCAUUGUGAGAUUAGCAUGAGAUAUAUCGGAGGAUUAGAUCCGGAACCUUUGCCUUUAAUGGAUCUGUGUCGACGAGUAAUAAGACAACGUCUCGGUAAACAGCAUCUGGAAGAGAGAGUGAUGAAUUUGCAGUUGCCGCAAGCCUUACAGACGUACCUCUUGUAUAGAGAUCGCAGAUAAUAUCAGGAUGGUUCUAGUGAAGUGUAUUGUUCUAAAUGUAACUGUGUUGUAGACGAUUCUUACGAAUAGAUCGAGCAAAUAUUAUUUAAUCCCCCCUCCUUCCCCAACACUUUACUCGGAUUCGUGAAAUAUCGAUGGAAAAUCAUCGAUUUGUUCUGGAGAGCGAACAAUUUUUUUUUUUCCCGAAAUUUGUUUUAUAUGUCAUUAGAAACAUUUUUUUUUCUUUAUUUUUAUUUCUUCCGGCUGAAAUUGUUCCGUUUUCAAUGUUUGAGCAAAUACUCGUCCAUUUUUAAUGCGUCUUGAUAAUUUUUUUGAUGUUUGAGCACAUGUUUAAAUAUUUUUCGAUGCGCUUCUAAAAUUGUUCUUUAGUUUUUGAAUAGUCGAGCACAUGCUUAACCAUUUUUCGAUCUUUGAGCAGUUGUCAUUGUUUUCUUGAUUGUUUAAGCACGAUUUCAUCCAUGUUUUCAAUGUUGCUUGUUGUUUACAAAGUUGUUCUUCCAUAUUUUUAAUGUUUGGGCCAGUUUUCGUCUAUUUUUCAAUGUUUGAGCAAUUGCUUUUUAUUUUUUGGACGUUUGAGCACGUUUUCGACAGAUUUUCAAUGUUUGAGCAAGUUCUUUUUCAUUUUCAAUGCUUGUUAUUCGAUUGCAAUCCAAUUUGGUAAUAUUUGAGCACGCUUUCAUCUGUUUUUCAAUGUUUGAAUAACUGCUUUUCCUUCUUGCAAUGUCUGAGCACGUUUUCAUUCAUUUUUUGAUGCUUUUGCAUUUGUUCUUUCAACUUUAUAAUAUUUCAGCAGUUGCUCUUACAUUUUUGGAUGUUUGACUGCGUUUUCGUUCAAUUUUCCAUGUUUGAGCAAAAACUCUUCCAUUGUCAACUUGCCUCAUUGCAAUUUUUCAAGUUCGAACAAAUUUGAACUAAUGUUCAUCCUUAUUUCAAUGCUAAAGCAGUUUCUCGAUGUUUGAGCACGUUUUCGUCCAUCUUUCAAUGUUUGAGCAGGAACUCUUUCGUUUUCAACGCGCCUCAUGAUAUUUUCAAACGUAUUUUUCAAUGUUUGAGUAGUUGCAAUCCAAUUUUUCAAUGUUUGAGCAUUUGUUCAUCUAUUUUUCAAUGUUUGAGCAGUCGCUCAUUCGUUUUCCAAUGUGCGAGCAUUAUAUUCUCAGAUUCCAUUUCCAAUAUUUAACCAAGUAUUUUUCCAUUUUCAAUAACGUUUAAUAACUCCAUUUGUUCAAUGUUUCAGCACAUUUUCAUCCGUUUCUACAAUAUUUGAAUGAAUAUCCUUCUAUUUUUUAAUGUUUGAACAAAUAUCCUUCCAUUUUUUCAAUGUAUGAAAGCCUAAGGACACAAUUUUCCACUUCCAAAUACUUUUAAAUAAAAAAUGACUAACGAUUCGUGACGCGUUACUCCAUUUUUCAAAUUUGAGCAUGUGUGCUUCCAUUUUUCAAUGUUUGAGCAAAUAUUCUUCCAUUUUCGAUGCUCUUGAAAAGUUAAUCUUCCAUUUUUUCCAAUGCUUGAGCACUUUUUUAUCUAUUUUCCAAUGAUUGAAUCCUUGUUCAUUCAUUUUUCAAUACUUCAAUAAAUUUUUCAAUAUUUGAGCACUUAUCUAUCUAUUAUGUAAUGUUUGAACACAUGUUUAUCCAUUUUCAAUGUUUCCGCACCAAUUUUCUAACGUUUGAGCAAUUGUUGAUCCAUUUUCUAAGGUUCGAGUACUUGUUCAUCCUUUUUCAAUGCUUCAGCACCAAUUUUCCAAUGUUUGAGCACAUGCUCAUCCACUUUUUACAACUUCAGCACCAAUUUUCCAAUGUUUGAGCACUUGUUGAUCACUUUUCUAAGUUUUGAGCACUUGUUGACGCAUAUUUUAAUGUGUGAGCACCAAUUUUUCAAUGUUGGAACUUUUGUCCAUCUAUUUUCUAAUGUUUGAGCACUUGUUGAUCCAUUUUUUAAUGUUUGAGCACAUGUUCAUCUACUUUUUACAACUUCAGCACAAAUUUUUCAAUGUCUGAGCACUUGUUCAUCCAUUUUCAUGGCUUCAGCACCAAUUUUCCAAUGAGCACUAGUCUAAACAUUUUCCAAUGUUUGAGAACAUGUUUAUCUAUUUUUUAAUGUUCCAUCAGUUCUUACCAAUUUUUUCAUACUUUAACGCGUAUUUUAAUGUUUGAGCACUUUUAAUUUUUAUUGUUUGACAAUUUUUCAAAUAUUUAGGCGUUUAUUUUUCCAUUUUUAAAGACUGAAAAUAUUUUCGAAACUUUGAGUACGUGUUUGUUGAUUUUUAUUGUUUGAGCACGUUUCUCUUCCAAAUUUUUGAAAACUAAAUUAGAUUUUAGAAAGUCGAAAAUAUUUUUCUUUUUCAAUAUUCGUAUUUUGUAUUCGUGUUGUUUUUAUUUAAUCCUCUUAAUUUUCUAGUUCUUUUAUUAACUUUAUAUCGAAAUUAUUUUUUUUUCCGCAAAAAAUAUUAAGUAUACAUAUAAAAAUAUAAAAAAAAUAUUUGCAGAGUGAAAAAAAAUUAUUUGCUCUUUUCCAUAUGUUAUAACCAAAAUUCCAUUGGUAUUUCAUGUAUAUCGAAUCUUCCAUGUCCCAUGAUAAAGACUUUAUCGCUCGGUCUAAAAAGAAAUUUUUCCAGUUCGGACUGACAGUAAUUUUAACAAAUAAAAAAAAACAAAUAAAACAAACAAAAAAAACAUAGAAUAAAAUAAAACUUGUACCAUAAAGUAGACGAAGAAAAGACUCCUAGUCUUUUGAAUUUGCAAUUAUUGCUCUGUGAUGUGAUGGUAGUUGAUUGUGAAAGACUUGAGUGAACUUUUGGUAUCAAUACUGGGUGGAAAAAGAAAUUUUUUUUCUACUGGUUUUUAGUGAAUUUUGUUUUUUUCAUCGACAACAAAAAAAAUAAAAACGAAAGUGAUUUAAAUCCAAUGUACGUAUUAUAUUAUUGCAUUUUUUAAUGUGUUUUUUAUUGGUAAGUUUAAGGACUACGUUUUCGCUCACCCCCCCCCCUCCUUAACGCCCCCGUCCCCCUAAAAAAAUGAAAAACGAAUUCGGGAAAAUGAGAAGAAGAAUUUUGAAAACGUCUGAUUAUAUGUUUGAAAUUAUUUUGAUUAAUUAGAUUUUUAAGAGUUCGAAAUUUGUUCCUUUUUUUAUAUAUGAAUAUGUAUUUAAACUAGAUGGGUUAUGUCUGUGUGUGACAAAAUAUUUUUUAUACGAAGAGUGUAUUUAUGUUUAUAAUCCAAAAACUUUCCGAAAUUUUUCAAUUUCCUACAAGGUCAUAAACAUUAUAAACGAUAUAAUCAUGUCAAAAGCGGUAUUAUAAUCUUCAAAUAUGAGAAAAUUUUUCCAUAAAAUUUAUUUUGAAACAUUUGAAAUUUUUUUUCGAAAAUCUAUUUAUAAUCGAAUAUUCGUUUUUAUUUAUUAAUAAUUUUGUUGAUGAAGGCAAGUUUUGGUUUAUAAUUCAAAAAUUUUCCAAAGUUUUUGCCAUUCCCACAAAGUUAUCAACAUUCCAAUCAAUAUAACAAUGUGAAAAGUGGUAUUAUAAUCUUUAAAUAUUAGAAAAUUUUUCUAUAAAAUUUAUUUUGAAACAUUAGAUUAUUUUUUAAAUUUUUUUUAAAAAUGCCCGACAUAACUCAUUGAAUAUUUUUAUAGAGACACAGGUACACCAUUAAGUACAACAUGUGAGAUAAUAACGACAAAAAAAAUACUUGAGACGCCAUUUUUUGUAAAAUAUUAGCAUGAAAAAGGACUUAGACAACUCUUUUAGUCGUUUUUUUUAUUUAAUCGAACGUCCUAUUGAAAUGAUGUGUAGCUAUUAAAAGUGAAAGAGACUUUUGUCGAAAUUCCAUUAACGAAAAAUUGGCUUCAUGUCAUAUUUAUAUCGCGAAAAUUUAUUUUUAAGCCAAAAGAAUAUUUUUGGAUCUUCCCAGUAGGCAGUAGAAUAUAUUUAUUGUAUUUUAAAUGCACGAAAAUGUAUCAAACGAAAAUAAAUUUUCUGAAAAAUUUUAACAAAUUGUUAUUAUUUAAAAAUUCAAUAAAAAAACACCCCAAAACGCGAUUUUUCUUGUGCUUAAAUCAAAAGAAAAACAAAAAUCCUAUAUAAUCGAAGGUUGUUUUAACGACCCUUUUAAAUUUUUUUUCACCCCAAAACCGCCAUAUAUAAUGCCCUACAGUUUAUGAUAACAAAAUGUAUAGGUCAGAAUAAUUGCCACCAUAAAAGGUAAUUUAGGCGCUAAAAAAUUCUAAUUUUAAUAAAAAAGUUCAUUUAAUUCGUAAUUUUGAUAAUUUACUAUAAAAAAAAUUCCUGAAUUCGUUUGUAUACAGUGGGAGUCUGUAUUUAUGUAAUUGGGAGCUCGCCUAUUUAAGUAUAAAGUAGGGCAGACAUGAAUAUAUAAAUAUAACCAAAACAAAUCGAGAUCGUACUAUAAGUAGUCAAAUUUUUUUUUAAAGUUAGUCUGGUACUUAUCGUGUGACUUCCUCUGUUAAAAUUAUAGAUUCCAAAGAGAUUUCUUUUUGUAAACGAAAUAUGUAUUCAAUUGGACAGUUCUUAUCUGUACAAAUUUGUUUUAAGUUUUCGAGAAUGUUCAAUAAAUAUAUAUAUAUAUAAAUACACAAAUUAAACACUUUUCUUAUAA